AUGCCACGGCCACCUCUUGCCAGCUGCUCACAUUCCCGAGGCCUAAAAGAGGAUGAAGAAGAAAUCCAGCCCUGUUAUCACCAUCAUGUUCCAUCUACUCCAGCAGACCAUGUCAAGAAUCAUAGCAGCUCUGGAGACAAUCAAAUGAAAAAUUCAAAUGACCCACCUGCAUCUUCCUUAAAAGGGUUGGUAAAAAACAAGAAUCGUGGUGCAUCAAGACAACAUGAAGGGAAAACCAGAAAUAAUAAGAAGAAAAUGGCCAGGCAGAACCUUAUCCUUGAAGAAGUGUCUCUGUCUCCAGAACCACUGGGCUUGAGCUUGGAGUUUCAGGAGCCACUAUACAAAGAGGCAAUGGUUUCUGCUCAUUUGUCAGAUGAUGAUGAUGAUUGGAGAGAAAAAUUCCCACCCUCUUCCUAUGAUAAAGUGCAUUUAUCCAGGGUCUCUAAUAUUACCCAGUGUGAUCCUUUCGAUUACAACUCAGCAACUUUUUCAGGAAUGGAAACUUUCUCUUCAUGGCCAUUCAAUGAUAAUGACACAUGCAUUGGGUGCCCUUCUCGUACCAAAGCCACAGAAAGCUAUACUACCCGUGAAGAACCUGUUGAAGAAGUGGAAUAUGUGUCUUCACAGCUGAGCUACCAAGAACUUAAAGAGGAAAACUCCAUGCUGAGGAGAAAGAUCAAAAGGAUACAGAACUUCUCUGAAAGUCAGACCCAGAUGGUACGAAACCUUGAGAGGACACUGCAAGCCACCAUGAACAAGGAGGAGAAAGAGACUCAGGAUUUGGAAGCACUGGUGCAGCAGGCAGAGCAGAAUCUUCAGUGUAUGACCCAAAGAGCUCUGAAGGCAGAAAGCAACAUUGAGAAGUUGAAACAGGAGAUGUCCUUCCUUCAGGCAGAGUUGACCUGCUACAAAGUAGAGAAUGAAAGCCUGCGAUCAGGCCAAUCUAUUAACAUGGGGGCAGUGAAACAGCAUGUGGACAUUGCUUUGCAAAAUCUCCUUAGGGUCACAAACCAUGCUCAUGCUACCAUCCACCAGCUGGUCUUUGGUGCGGAAACACUGACACUUGUUGCUGACCUACUUAAAUCUGUAGGUAGAAUGUCAGAAGUUGAAAAGGAAGAAGAAGUGACAAAACAAACUUAG